ACAAACGCUACCACGACACAACGUCUUUUCCCCCCUCGUCGUUCAGGCAGAGAAAUAGUGGAUUUACCCCUUUUUAGCCAUUAACGCAAGCUAACUAACAAAAGGGAUACGUGUUUAUUCAGCGUGUUGGAGAUUUCUUAGAGGAAUUUCUGUAUUGGGUGGUUUUCUUGUGAUUUUCGGGACCGGAAAAGAGCCGUCCCCCCCGACAGCUGGUUGCGGAUUCCCCCCUUUUCUGACUGCGGUCACUUGAAGUUGUUUGAGCCAGCUGAGAUGAGCGGUCCAGAGGUCGCCAAGACACCGGGAGGAGGAGCUCCGGGCAAGGAGGGAAAGGAGCCAGUGGCCAAUGGGCACGCAGGAGAGGGCAACGACGCCAACCCAUUCGCCGAGUACAUGUGGAUGGAGAAUGAGGAGGAGUAUAACAGACAGGUGGAAGAGGAGCUGUUGGAGCAGGAGUUUCUGGAGCGCUGCUUCCAGGAAAUGCUGGAGGAGGAGGACCAGGAUUGGUUCAUUCCUUCGCGUGACCUCAACAACCAGGGAGUGGGGCAGCUGCAGCAGCAGCUCAACGGCCUGUCUGUCAACGAUCACCACAGCAACCUGGAGGAAGUGGCGAGGAAGAGCAUCUUGAAUCCCGAAGCGAAGGAGUUCGUCCCGGGGAAGAAAUACUAGGAGUCCCCCUCACCCCCAUGGAGCCUUCACACGCACACACACAAACACACACCAGUCCUCACAUAUUCUCAGAGACUCUGGCGGCCAUGACCGCGCACACACUGAUUCUUACACACAUACACGCAUGCACAGACACUCAUGCAGACAGAAUUGAAGUCAGUGGCGUGCUGGCAGGCCCACUUGGGGGGUGGGGGGAUUUCUUUUUCUUUUCUUUUUGUUUCUUUAAUCUUUUUAUUUCCUGUUUGUUUCUUGUAAACUGAGGGACAUUGGGAACAGGGGUGGGGGACGGGUGUAAUACCAGCACCGCCCUGCUGCGGGCGCUAGCUCAUCAUUGCAUUUCAGAUGACACUGUUGACAUUUAUUGAGUAUGCAGAUCUCACUCAUGUCCCCUUUGAACUGAGGCAGCUACCAAGGAGUGAUGCCAGGAUAACAAUAUAAUCCAAAACAUCUUAUUAACUUUAAAACUCACUCACACAUUUGUUGAUUUGUGUGCUGUCAAAUUUGGAAGAACAAUGCCAAUACGCUGAGGGUUUCCCAGACAGUGUGGUCAGAGAGUGACUAACGUUUCAGGGGACUAGAUGGGUUUCUGCCACUGCUCUGUAGAGUCACCACGGUCAGUCAAACCCGUUGACAUUUGCUCCUAUGAUGUCACAAGCUCCCUGUGGCAUCAUAGACCUUGCUCGUGUGGAAACACGGGUUCUUAUUUGUACCUGCAGCGGCUCCGUUCCAAACCAAAUACAGACCCCACCCUCCCCACACGCUUGUGUUUGAAGUGAUCUUAACAGACAUGGACAGGUGUAAUCAUGGAUAUGAAAUUAUUUUCCCAAUUUAUGUGGAAUUCCAUGUAUCUUUUGUCCAGCUUAUUAUAAUAGGUGUGAGUCUCCCAAUCACACAUCAAGUUGAGUUAAGCAAGAAAAAUAUUAUCAACGGAACGGAACGUCAGAGCUUUUUGAACCAUACAAAACUCAGUUGUCAUUUUUUUGUUUUUCGUUCAGCGUCAUCCUUAAAUUCAAUUUGGAUUUCUGUGGUGUAGUGAACUAUCGUGUUACAGGGGAGUAUUUGGUCUGGAACAAUGCCACUGCCUAUCUCUCUGCCGGAACAACUUGGUUUGUCCAGCAUCAGAUCAAGUGUCCAUAUCCAAAUCAGGUUUUCAAAUAGCCUCUCCUCCUCUUUUUUUUUUUUUUCUUUUUCUUUUUUUUUCUUCAUGUUUUGAGGAUGAGGCAUUUUGUGUCUCUACUGGGUACAGUAACCUGUGGUGUCCAUUCAGUCCUGUUUGCAGGGGAAAACGUAAGGAGACAAUAUUGUCACGGCCAGAAUAAAGCAGUGUGGAACAGGUGGCUGACAGCAUGUUCUCCUUUCUGUUCUUCUCUAUGUAGGUUGACUGUUUUUGAGGAAGUUCUUUUUAACCAUAAGUCUGUGUUUUGGUCUGGCUUUCCCUGAAACGUCCUUGUGCAAAUAUAAUCUCCGUUAAAUUGUGAGCCAUUAAGAAAAAGUUGUAUAUGUGAAGAUGCAUUUCAGGAAACCCAGAUUCUUAUUUACAGAAAUUAUGAAUUAUUGAGUCGGUCUUGGCUAAAAAAUGCAAAGCAACACGAGGGAAAAUCUUGUAAUCUAACUAUUCAUCUUGAGUUCACUUUUCACUAGUGUUAUGACAGUGACAAUGUCUUAUGUAUUUGACUGUAUUGGUGUUAAGUAGACACUUUAGCAUUUAUACUUCAUUGAAGUAUCUGACAGGGAAAAGCACUCAUUUUAAACCCUUGCAGCUUUUCCAAAUUUCAGCCUAACAAGUACUCAAGUGUUUUCUUAGAGCGUGCAGUAGAAGCCGGGUUAAAACGGAACUUCCUCGCACAGUGUUGGACCACAGAUGUCGUUUGGCACCCUGGUGAAGCCAAUAGGAAUGUCCGCCAGGUGGAUUGUACAACAUGAAAUCAUUUUUGGUGAUUUUGUUUAGAUGAGUUAGACGACAGAAGCCGUUUAAAAAAAGAAAAAAAGAAAAAAAAAAAAAAAAAAAAAAAAAAAGAAGAGGUCCAGAAGACACAGAGUAUGAAUUU